AUGCAGGAGGCCAUAAGGCUAGGGGAUCUUCCGGCGUUGAGGGCCGAGGCAGCCCUGUUGUCGCUUAUAUCAAGAGCUCUGGGCUUCGUUAGCCUCUCCGUAUCAGCCAGACGAGUGGCCGACAUUUGUGACCUAAAAGAUGCAGGGGUGCCCAACCCUGCUUGGGGCCCACAUCAUCCUUUAGUUGCGGCACAAAGGACUGAUAUUUCUCAUAUUACCCUGGGCGAAACAAAAUGGGCGGUGCAGCAACAGCAGCUCCAACACCAGCGGGACCACCAACAAGAGCGUGUCUCCAGUUGCAGCAGCCACUACAGCGGAGAUGCAGCAGUCAGUGGCUGGCAACCGGUCGAAGGGGCUUCUGUAUCUGGGUGUCGAGGUGCUAUGACCGUUGCUAGCGGUGCCUACAGAAGCAACAAAGCCAUCGAAGUGUCAGCAAUAAAGGGCGGACUAGUUCAUCCAGGCGUGCCACAAGCAGAUAUAGUUCGAACCGUACGAUCAAGGAGCUCUUCUUUUGCCGAGGGCUGCAAAGAGCGACCGUUGCCAAAGCCUGCUGGGCUGGUGCCACAUCAGCACACGCAGCAGCACAGCCGACGCCCUGCUCAGCGAAACACAAGCUGGAGCGAGCACAAGCAAGACAAACUUGCACAAGAGCAGCAACACGGGUAUUUCAAUUCCGAGCAGCCGCCAGAACGGCAGGAGUUGGAACGGCAUCGUCUUCUUCUGGACAAUAAGCAGCAGGCUUCUCAUGCACACUACACAAAGCACGACCAACAGCAGCAAAAGCUUCCUGCGGCGGACUAUCUUGGUGGCCUGCACAGUCCUACAAGCGCAUUCGGGGAAGCGGUUGCUGUCUGCUUUAUGGACCUCCAUGCGGCGAAAGCUAAACUAGCUCCCCUCUUCCAGGAGGGUACAGCUGCUGCUGCAGCUACCGCUUGUGCAGCUGCCACUGCGGCAGUUGCUGCAGCUGCCUCUGCUGCUGCUCCUGAAGACGAGGCAUCAGCGCAACAGACGCAUAACAAAUCUUCUAAAAGUCGUUAUUUGGAGAUCCUACGACAUUCGCUGAGGGUUUUUGCAGCAGUACCAGCAGCAGUAAGGUCAAGCGCAGCGACCACAACCGCAGCAGCCGAUUUUGGGGGAACAAUUGCACCAAGGGGGAAAACACCAAGAGCGGCAAAGACGGCAGUAGCUGCACCAAUGGUAGCCGUAGACGCGGCAAUCACAACAGCAAAAGCAGCCUUAAGGCUUGCUGCUGUUUGGGGGCGCACUAGUGUCGGCGCCAUUGCUGGCCUGGUUUCUGCUGCUGCUCAUGAUGCAGUGGCGUGGCUUUCCUCUUCGUUCUCAGGUACUUGGAUGCGUGCAACCCACCCUACCCAUCUAGUGAAUAAAGUCAGUGAGAAAGCUACCUCUACAGCUGCAGCUACUUCAUCGGCAGCAAGUAGUGUGGCAGCAGCUAUUGUGACAGCUCAGAAGAAAUGUACAGAGUGCCCGCAAAGGGCCGCCGUGCUGUUGGAGCAGUGCCGGAGGACCGUCACGAUCCCAGGUGCAAUAUUCAGUGGACCAGCACCUAUAGGGCAAGUGUCUGCAGUAGUAGGAGCAGAAGCAAGUAGAAGAUGGGAUUCUUUGUGCUACUUUCUGAAGCAAAUAACACAAGAAUUUACUUCCGCACUGCAGAAGGCACUACGUCUGCUAAUUUUGUGGGACAACUCAGGGCUUGGAAGACUUGAGGCAUCUGCGCCACCAAGCCUGCGUCAGGACAGCAGUUGCAGUAUCCGCCGAAGCUUGAGGUGCAGGAACAGUGGCUGUAGGAGGGCCAGCGCAAGUCGAAGUGGUAGCCCCAGGGCAACCCCUGAAGGCGUCCGGCAGAGGGGCUCUACGUCAACCUGCUACUGGUCGCCCAUAGAGAACACCUCAGGCCUCACGUCACCAAAAGAGCCCGCUGAAUCUCCUGUCUCGGACAUAUUGCUGCCAGCUUCCCAGCAACAGGAAACGCAGCAGGCGCAGUUGGGCGAGCAGCAAGUGCUGCUGCAUCAUCUUAACCCUCUCUGUUCCCCUUUCGAAUCAGUUACUCCAUCAACUCCUCAUGUUGCAUUCCAUGGGCCCGCUGCGUCGGCAAAUUUCCUGAAUGGAACUCUGCCAGCCAUGCGAUUUACCGGCUUAGAUAACGAUUCUAAGCACAGCGGGGGAGGCCUCCAGAGGGGGAAAUCCUUCAGAACGUUUCCCAAGGUGGGCGGAACAACGAGAGCAGCAGCAGCAGGUGCAGCAGCUGCUGCUGCAACGGCUUCCUGGGGGACCGCUGUUUCGCUGCCCCAAGAUAUGAGGAGCCAAGGACCUCAUCGUCAGGUGUCAUUUCAAACGGGUAACGAAGAAAAUCCCUCAACACAAGUGCCACUGCAAACAGUCAUCCGGGGGCUCCCCAGAGGAUCCCAAUCUCCAGGAGUUGCGCAGGAUAGAGAAGCUCAAAUGCCAUGA